GGGGAUACCUCUCCUCCAAUCAGCCCAAUUGAACAAAGGUUCAGCCUUUCCAGACAAUGAGCGAUCAACAUUCAAGCUUCACAGUCUCCUUCCGCCAAAUAUCCAGACACUGGACGAGCAAGUCCAGCGCGCUUAUCAGCAGUACAAAAGCAGAGCUGAUGACCUAGCCAAGAACACCUUCCUGGCUAGCAUGAAGGCGCAGAAUGAAGUACUGUACUACAAGCUCGUGCAAACCCAUCUCAGGGAGAUGUUUAGCGUGAUAUACACGCCCACUGAAGGAGAAGCGAUUCAGAAUUACUCGCGGUUGUUCAGGAAGCCGGAGGGGUGUUUCUUGAAUAUCAAUGACCAGGAUCACUUUGACGAGUACCUCGCUGGGUUUGGGACUGAGGAGGAUGUUGAUUAUAUCGUCGUCAGCGAUGGAGAAGAGAUAUUGGGAAUUGGGGACCAGGGCGUGGGCGCUAUUCUCAUAUCAGUCGCCAAACUGGUUAUUACCACGCUCUGUGCUGGAAUCCAUCCUUCGCGGCAGCUUCCUGUUGUUUUGGACUGUGGGACAGAUAACGAAGAGUUGCUCAAUGACGCACUGUAUCUAGGCCUACGGCAGCAUCGCGUCAGAGGGGAGAAGUAUGAUAAAUUUGUGGAUAAAUUUGUAAAGGCUGCCCGCAAACGAUUCCCGCAGGCUUACAUACACUUUGAGGAUUUUGGUCUGAACAAUGCACGGAGAAUACUCGAUCGGUAUCAGUCGCAGAUUCCUUGUUUCAAUGAUGACAUCCAGGGCACGGGGUGUGUCACACUCGCUGCCAUGUUGGCGGCCCUUCAAGUCAGCAAAGUCAAACUGGAAGAUGUGCGAGUGGUGAUCUUUGGCUCGGGUACAGCUGGUACUGGCAUUGCCGACCAGAUUUCGGAUACGAUCGCCACUGAGACACGAAAGUCGAAGGAUGAAGCGUCUAGGCAGAUCUGGUGCAUCGACAAGCCCGGUCUCCUUGUAAAGUCCCUCGGUGAUAGGUUGACCGAAGGCCAAAAGUCUUUCGCACGAGACGAUGACGCGUGGCCAGACGAUGAUCGAGAUCUCUUGUCGGUAAUUAAGAAGGUCCAUCCCCAUGUGCUUAUCGGGACAUCAACCAAGCCCGGAGCAUUCACCGAAGAUAUCAUUCGUGCAAUGGCCAGGAAGGUAGAACGGCCGAUUAUAUUCCCCCUUAGCAAUCCGACCCGACUCCACGAGGCGAAGCCUGUUGAUCUCUAUGAAUGGACCGAUGGGCGAGCCCUCGUUGCCACUGGCAGUCCAUUCCCGCCAGUUACCCACAACGGCACGAAAUAUGACAUCGCGGAGUGCAACAACUCAACUUGCUUCCCCGGCAUUGGUCUUGGAGCAGUCCUCUCGCAGUGCCGUCUCCUAUCGAAGACGAUGUUGGUGGCUGCCGUGGAGGCACUCAAGGCACGGUCACCGGCCCUGAAAGACUCCAGCAAGCCGUUGCUGCCCGAUGUAGAAGACGUGCGUGAAAUCAGUGCGGAUAUUGCUGCGGCUGUGAUCUUGUGUGCUGUGGAGGAGGGACUGGCACAGGCGGAGGGCAUUCCUACCACUGACUCGGAGCUGCGAGAGUGGAUUCAAGUCCAGAUGUGGGAGGCUGAGUACCGGCCUCUGGUCUAUAAGAAUUAA